CUGUACGCAGGCGCGAAGGAUUGCCUCCAACAACAAGAAGCAGACGCCAGGCAAGAUGGCCGACUUGGGGAAGAAGUACUGCGUUAACUGCCUUGCAGAUGUUACAAACCUGCGGCUUCGCUGCACCGAGUGCCCUGAUAUCGAGCUGUGCCCAGAGUGCUUCUCAGCGGGCGCUGAAAUCGGUAAUCACCGGAGAUGGCACGGCUACCAGCAGGUCGACGGCGGUCGGUUCUCUCUCUGGGGUACAGAGGCAGAAGGAGGGUGGACCAGCAGGGAAGAGCAGUCGCUACUCGAUGCUAUCGAGCAGUAUGGAUUUGGAAACUGGGAGGACAUGGCUGAUCAUGUUGGAGCAUCCCGGACUCCUCAGGAAGUCAUGGAACAUUAUGUCACCAUGUACAUCCAUGGAAACCUGGGGAAGGCCUGUAUCCCUGACAGUAUUCCAAACCGGGUGACCGAUCACACCUGCCCGAGCGGAGGGCCGCUGUCGCCCAGCCUGACCACUCCGCUCCCUCCGCUGGAUAUCAGCUUGGUGGAGCAACAGCAGCUGGGCUACAUGCCACUACGUGACGACUAUGAGAUUGAGUAUGACCAGGACGCGGAGAAGCUCAUCAGCGGACUGUGUGUCAACUACGAUGAUGAGGACGUGGAAAUUGAAAUGAAGCGCGCCCAUGUGGACAUGUAUGUGCGUAAGCUCAGAGAACGCCAGCGGCGUAAGAACAUCGCUCGUGACUACAACCUGGUGCCUUCAUUUUUAGGCAGAGACAAGAAGGACAAGGAAAAGGACAAAACAGGGAUGUUGGGAGUCGUAGGAAGUGCAGCUGGCGUGAGUGGAACAGGGGCUGGUGGUGGUGCAGUCGGAUCAGGAUCCAUGGCGGCAUCGGGAGCAGGUCCUCUCCCAAGUACACCUAAAAGAAAAAUCACCAAGGAAGAGAAGGAGCAGCGGGUGAGGCUGCGAGCGCUUUGUCAGUUCAUGGCCCAUCGGGAGUUUGAAGAGUUCUUUGAGAACAUGCAUAAAGAGCGAGUGCUGAGGGCCAAGGUGCGCGAGCUGCAGCGCUACCACCGAAACGGCAUCACACGCCUGGAGGAGUCAGCGGAAUACGAAGCAGCACGCCACAAACGGGAGAAGCGCAAAGAGAACAAAAGUGUGGUCACCUCAAAGCGGGGCAGCUCGGGAGGAGGAGGGCUUGGUUCUGGGAUGGGGCUCGGGGGUGGAGCUGGAGGAGGAGGAGGCGUUGCUGGAGGACUAGGGGUUGGAGGUGGGAUCAAAGAAGAGGGCAAAGAUGGUGAGUUUGCUGCCAUUGAGAAUCUGACAGGCUUCGAGCUGCUGUCAGACAGGGAGAAGGUGCUGUGCAACUCUCUCAACCUCAGCCCGGCACGCUACCUGACUGUCAAAACCAUCAUCAUCAAAGAUCACCUGCAGAAAAGGCAGGGCAUUCCCGCCAAAAGCCGAAUGCCCAGCUACCUGGAUAAGGUUCUUAAGAAGCGCAUUCUCACCUUCCUCACAGAAAGUGGCUGGAUAUCCCGAGACACCUCUUAGCAGUCCAUCGUUGCUCAGGAAAUUAUAAACAGAUAAGCUAUAAGCGCUGGAAGGCAGGAAAAACUACUGGUUUUCACCAUUUUUUUUUUCAGGAGUGACCUUGUAAAUAUAUACGUUGAAAAGAAAUAAGAUGCCCAACUGGAGAAAAAAAUAUUUUCAUAUAAGGGCAAGGAACAAAACUGCCUAUAUUUUUGCAUUUGGAAAGGAACAGGGGAUUAAUACAGCUGUGUGGGUUACAGUACUUUCUAUUCUAAAUGUUUUGACAAAAUAAUAACUGCAGUGUUAACGCUUGCAGGUAUUACAGAGCUGUUUUGGUGUUGUUACAGCAGGUGCACUGAAGGUAGAAAUAAUGUAAUGAAUGCAACCGGCAUGCUGAAAAGAAAAGCAAAUAACAAAAUCGGAUUUGAUGAUAAACUCUUAUCCCAUUGGUGGCUGCAAAAUAAGGUGAUUGGGGAAAAAACGCAAAGAAAAAAGCUCCAAAAACCAGGGUUUGCCCAUGGUUUUAGCACAAACUUAAUUAGAUAGCCUAAUAUUAGUUAGAGCGGGCUUGCUGAAGUUUACAGUCAUUAUCGGCCUAUCAGAGUUUGCAGUUUGCACCAAAUGCCGAGUACAAUAAUGAAUACAAAAAGAUGAGUUUCCACAGGUUCCUUCGACUUCAUUCCUACCCAUACCUUUCGGUUGAUGUCAUUGCUAGCCUAUCACUGCUUACUUAGAUUAGCUAGAGCUUGACCUGCUGCAGGUGGCUGAUUGCUGUAUAUCUUCCCCCCAAAUUUCUUUUACCAAAUAACUGAUGCAGAUAAAGGCGUUGGGGUAAUUUAGAAAUUUAAUUUAGAGUUUUUGCAGGAGAGUUUGUGCCAACAUCCAUUCCAUACAAUACUCCCAGUACAUGUAGCAGAGUAGAAACUAGUUUGAGAAAUACAUUGCUGGAUAAUUAAAGAGAAGCAAAACAAAAAACGACACCCGUUAUUGUCCCUUUUUUAAUGUAACUAACAUAAAGAAUAUAUAUGUGUAUAUUUAUAUUAAACAAAUAUUGACCAGUAUAUCAAUAUUGGAAUCUUUUCUCAUUCCUAAACAUGACCCUUAAAAAUCCACUAAGGCUAAUAGCAGCAGUGUCACCGCAGGUUUGAAAAAAAUGACCAGAAAUGCCAAAGAAGAGAUCAUAGUCAACGCCAGUCACACUCUGUCCACCAGAGGGCACUGCCAGGCUUAUUUUUAACCUGUAAAAAGUCCAACUCAGAAUGUAUUUUUGUUUGAUAGCUAAUUUAAAAAGAUC